AUGUCCUCUUCAAACGGCGGCAAGGUCUUCUCCAUCCUCGGCAAGAACCUCAAGGCCAACACCAAAGCCGACCUCGAGCCUUAUAUCACCGAGCUCGCAGACCUCACCGACGUCGAGGAGGUGCACUUUGGCGGCAACUCGCUCGGUGUCGAGGCGUGCCAGGCCAUCGCGGCCGUCCUCAAGGAGAAGAAGAAUCUCAAGAUUGUCGACCUCGCGGACAUCUUCACCGGCCGCCUCAUCUCCGAGAUCCCGCAUGCCCUCAGUGCACUGUGUGAUGCGCUGAUCGACUCGCCUGCGCUCGUCGAGCUCGAUCUGAGCGACAAUGCCUUUGGCGGGCGCUGUGCCGAUGCCAUGGUCCCGUUCCUUGAGAACAACACCGUGUUCCAGAACUUCAAGCUCAACAACAACGGCAUGGGUCCCGCGGGCGGCACGAUCGUCGCGAACGCGUUGUACGAGAACGCCGUGCGUGCCAAGGCCGCGGGUCGCGAGAGUCAGCUGCGCGUGCUCGUUUGCGGCCGUAACCGUCUCGAGAACGGAUCGGCGCCAGCCUGGGCAAAGGCCUUUGAGGCGCACGGCCUCCUCCGCGAGGUCCGCAUGCCCCAGAACGGUAUCCGCAUGGAGGGCAUUGCCGCUAUCGCCAAGGGUCUCGCUGCGUGCCCCAACCUCGAGGUCCUGGAUCUGCAGGACAACACUGCCACGCGGAGCGGCACGCGCGCGAUUGUGCGCCAGCUCACCAAGUGGCCCCAGCUGCGCGAGAUCAACCUCUCCGACUGCCUGCUCGGCAAGGCUGGUGGCAUCGCGCUUGCCGCGUCGCUUGAGGCCGGCUCCAACCCCAAGCUCGAGACGCUCAAGCUCCAGUACGGCGAGUUUGACAAGCGUACGAUCGAGAUCCUCGCCGUCGCCAUCACCCAGCACCUCAAGAACCUGACGACGCUGGAGAUUAACGGUAACCAGGCCGAUCCCGAGGACGAGUGCAUCGAGAAGCUCCGCGAGGCGCUUCGCGUGCACGACCACGAGGAUGCGCUCGACGAGCUCGACGACAUGGAGGAGCCCGAGAGCGAGGAGGAGGAGGAGGAGACGGAGGAGGAGGAGAGCGAGAGCGAGGACGAGGAGCAGAAGGAGGCGGAGAAGGAGGGCAUCUCGCCAGAGGCCAAGGCUGGCGAGGACGACGGCGUCGAUGCCGGUGCCGACGACAAGGGCAAGCCUGUCAGCGACAAGGAGACGGACGACUUGGCCAACGCCCUCGCCAAGGUCACGGUCUAG